ACCCAAUUGUUUCCAAGGGCUGCAGCAUCAGUUUCAUUGCCAUGGGAGGAGCAAAUUCCCCCAAAUGCCCUUAGCCGGAAGCGCGACCCGUCGUGGCGGGGCGGCUUCAGUCUAGGGGUAGACUUGGGAUUGUCCCGCACCGGCGUUGCCCUUAGCAAAGGCUUCUCCAUUCGCCCCUUAACGGUUCUUCAAUUAAGAGGGCAGAAGCUUGAGCUUAGACUUCUUGAUAUUGCUGAAAAGCAGGAAGUUGAUGAAUUCAUAAUUGGGCUUCCAAAGUCUGGUGAAGGGAAGGAGACAGAGCAAUCGAAUAAAGUUCGUAGCGUGGCUGGGAGGCUUGCAGUUCGAGCUGCGGAGAGGGGGUGGAGAGUAUACCUGCAGGAUGAGCAUGGAACAUCUGCCGAGGCUCUGGACCAUAUGAUAGCCAAGGGCCUCAGUAGAUCUGCUCGUGAAGGGAGGAUUGACGCGUAUGCUGCUGUGAAGUUGCUUGAAAGAUAUUUUUCAUAUUUGGGGAAAGGAAUAGAACUUGUUAUACCCAAGCAGGUGGAACUCCAGAACAAGCUCCGCCAGGGUCCACCCAAGGAUGUCGACUUUUUCCCAGACGAUUAACAAGGUUUGUAAGUUACAAGCUUUUGUCAGCAAAAAGGAUAGCAGCUUUUUCCCAGGAGAAUUGCAAGGACGAUAAACUAUAGGCCAAGGAAUUUGCUGAUAAGCUAUAGGAGUUGAGCUAGUUAUCAGGGGAGACUCUUGAAUGUGUUCUUAUCGUAUUGGAGAUCCUUCGACGUGCAUAUCAAUCAAGGCUCCCGAAUGCUGGUGCAUGAAAUUUUUUGAUGUAAUUUCAAUUGUAAUGCAAGGUUUUUAUCAUGCAUGUUUUCUUUCAUUUUAAAUGUGCAUAUCUAGACAUCAAUCAUAGAAUGUGAAGAUGCAUAACAACAGAUAGAAAAGUUUAGUUACAUAUUUACAACUUAAAUUCUUGUGCUUUAAACAAUAAGCAGUUUUCUCAUAUUUUUUCUGGGUAAUUUGCCAUGAUUUUUUCCCCUGUUAAAGCUCUCAGAAUUGUCACUUCAACUUGCACUGUAGCCUUCGUGUUUCUCAGUCUGAAGUAGAGCGAAAUGAACUUAUGUUGUAUUUUCAACCUUCAAUUUCCUAUUGAAAACUGAGAUACAGAGGUAGCAAUUGUCUUGGGAGGGAUUUUGUAAAGCUCAGAAGAUCACACGGCUUCUGACCAUCAACAGAAGUUGUGUUCCAUGCGUGCAUCUCCAUUCAUAUUUGGAGACUCCUGUUGUUGCAGUCUCUCUCAAAAUGGAGCGGUUACGGCCUACACAUGACCCCCAAUCUUGGGAGGAAGAUCUCCAUGCAAGUCCAGCUUUACACUUGUAAAUCAUAUAAAGAAACUGGACUCUGACCUUCCAAUAAGCUCAACUCAAUUUUCCACAUGUUUCAAACUAUAAAUAUUCGCCGUCUUUCU